AUGGUGGAUUUAAAACGGGACCAAAGCUGCAGGCUGAGGUUGAGCUGAAGAGAAGCUCAGUUUGUAAGGCUGAGCAUCAUCAUCAUCAUCAUCAUCACCUGCAGCCAUGAAGCUGGCCACGCUGCCGCUGCUUCUUUGUGUCCUGAUGUUUCUGAGCGUCUCAGAGGGAUGGAGCUGGUUUUGCCCCCGWGGUUGGGCUUCAUUCUCUGGUCGAUGUUUCAAAUACACUCCAACUCCUCUGACGUGGGCUCUAGCUGAGAGGAACUGCUUGUCUGAGGGAGCAAAUCUGGCGUCUGUGCGCAGUGUGGGGGAGUAUCGAGCCAUCCAGAGGUUUAUCUUUCGUGUCACCCACAGAUCAGAAAGUACCUGGAUCGGAGGCUCUGACUCAGCUCAGGAGCGUAUGUGGCUCUGGAGUGAUGGGAAACCCAUGAAAUACACAAACUGGUGCCCACAUGAACCCAAUAAUGUUGGACAAAAGGAGCACUGCUUGGAAAUGAAUCAUGCAGGCAGGAAGUGUUGGAACGACCUGCCCUGUGCCAGACGCCUCCCAUCUGUCUGCACCAAGAAGAGAAGUUUCUGGCACCGCUUCAGAGGCUGAAGCAGAUCUGUUUACAUCCUCAUUUCUUCCUGCUGCUUUAGACGUUACAGAACCAGGAGCUGAAGUUACUUAUUGCAUCUUUAAAAGAAAUAUAUUAAAAAAACAGCUCAGCUUUAACUCCUGCAAACUGAACUCUUCCUGUGCUUUAACUGA